AUGUUACGAAGUGUUUUCCGCGGCUGGGGAUCUUCGGAUUCAGAAGGAGAUGACAGCGAAGAAGAUGAGUGGUGUUGCUGGAGGUUGUGGAGGGGCUCCGGUCUGCGAGAGCUGCCUUCUCCGACGCGGAGUGCCAAGUCCUGUACUCCCAGGCGCCGUCCAGUUCUGUCUCGGGGAGCACCACGUGCAUGUGCUGCUGGACUUUUCCUCAUUGGUGCCACAGUCUUUGCGGGCAUCUCUCUGUCGAAGCAACCACAUUCAACGUCCGGUGACACGAAGCCAGCCGGCAUGACAGCAGAGGAGUUGCUUGCAAGCUCGCGGAUCCUUUCUGUUGCCGCCUCCAGCCUUACCGCGUUGCUGCAGGUUCCCGCUGAGAGUUUGUUCUGGUCUUCGGACGAGGCAAAUUCGUCGCGGGACACAGAGCGCUUCGUUCAGGGAGCCGUGCGGAGCACUUUCCAGAACAUCAGCUCCUCAAUGCAGCGUCACGGCCACCUCGCACAGGAGCUGGAUUCCUUUUCUCUCACGGAAGGACAGCUCAAGGCCUUCGUCAGCAUCCUCGAACAUCUUGCAGACCCACGCGUGCAGGAUCUAGGUCUUGCAGUGGCGAAGGCCUUGGAUCAAUACUUUCAAGGGGGAGUGACUGGUGAGCAGGACGUGAAGCUCUUGCUGCUCCAAGCCACGCAGCCACGGAUUGUGGAAAUUCGAGAGCUAUGGCACGAGGUGAACCUUGGUGCUUUACAUGGGCCUGGCUUGGGCUGGGGUGUCUCAGUAAACCCUGCCAAUCUCUUUGUUCUGCAGUCCUUCGGCCAGUCUGCGACGUACCAGCCUCGACAGAAAGAGCAUUCCCAAGCCUUUUGGGUUGCUGCCGCAACCUUUGAACAAGCUCGGGUACUUCUGCUCCAUCUUGAGGCAGUGCUACGGACUUUCGGGAUGACCAUAAAUGCCCAUGGCCUCUUGCAGAGUCUCAGUGGCAGCUCCGGCCCUUUCCUUUCGGAGCUUCUAGCUUGCCGCAGAGAAGAGGCGGAGGCGGCAGAGAUGGGUACACAGCACGACUUGUCUCGGUACAGACGCAUGGCUUGCUCCAUUAAGUACGGAAGUGCCGGCAUCGAUGUCAUUGCAAGCAUCGGAGGCUCGCAUCCCGGAUUGGCUUCUUCUCAGAGUUGA